UCUUGGCGGGUGGACGCGGUUUCUUCCUAUUUCGCCUCUGACAGAGGCACACAGUGUUCUCCGGUCCUUUGCACCGCAGGCCCCCAGCUCCCGAGCAGCUGCUCCGGUCCGCUCGCUUCCACCGCAACAGACCCAUGGCGGAACGUGGGGAGCUCGAUCUGACCGGCGCCAAACAGAACACCGGAGUGUGGCUGGUCAAGGUUCCUAAAUAUUUGUCACAGCAAUGGGCUAAAGCCCCCGGAAGAGGUGAAGUUGGGAAACUGCGGAUUGCCAAGAGUCAAGGAAGGACUGAGGUGUCAUUUACUUUGAAUGAGGAUCUUGCAAAUAUUCACGACAUUGGUGGAAAACCAGCAUCAGUCAGCACUCCUAGAGAACAUCCAUUUGUCUUACAAAGUGUUGGAGGACAGACAUUAACAGUCUUUACUGAGAGCUCAUCAGACAAACUUUCAUUGGAAGGAAUAGUGGUACAAAGAGCUGAAUGCCGACCUGCGGCCAGUGAAAACUACAUGAGAUUAAAAAGAUUGCAAAUAGAAGAAUCUUCCAAACCUGUAAGGCUAUCACAACAACUGGACAAAGUUGUGACAACCAAUUAUAAACCUGUUGCUAAUCAUCAGUAUAAUCCUUUUCACGUCUGUGUCUGGCUUCUGAAUGUUCACAGUACACUUGCAGUCCGGAGGGCUGCUGGCUCCCGGCCACAGUGCUCCCAGCGAUUGCUCUUUGCAGUUUUGAUCAAGAGCAGUGCGGCCAAUUGUUUGAUUGUUUGUGUCCAGGGGUACCUAAAGGAAAUCUUGAAAGAAAUUGGCGUUCAGAAUGUAAAAGGGACCCACAAAAACACAUGGGAGCUGAAGCCAGAGUAUAGACAUUAUCAAGGAGAAGAAAAGAGUGAUUAAGAAGACUUCGCCAGCAUGCCAGCAGAACAACUAAAGGGCGGUGCGCUGAGGAAGCACCACCGAAACUCAGAUACUUGAGUACCGUCUGUUGUAGGGGUGAAAUGACUGGAACUUUAAUUUUCCUAGGUAAAUUUUUUAAACAAUAAUUCUUGUAAAGUUACUCAAGUGUUGUUGUUUUUGGUUUGGUUUUUUUUUUUUUUUUUUUUUUGAGGAAAAAAAUUUAUUUAUAGGCUUGUAUUAAACCUAGAUUAUUCAGAAGGGGGUGAGGGGUUGGGGAGGUUAAGAAGGUUUUUCUUUUUAAAUACUGACUUUUAAAAUGUAAAACUAGGAAAUGUUUUCUAGAUGAGGACUCUCUGUCCUUGUUUUCUCUGAGGAUCUGAGGUGAUGGAAAGCGGAAGUGAAUGGCAAAGCCAGAAAAAAGCGGUCAACUACAGAAAGACUUAAAGGGAAUAAAAAACCAAAGUUCCUUAUUCUGACAUCGUCAAAGAACAAAGCUGUCUUUAUUUAUUUAUUUUUUACAGGAGAUCAUGUUUCAUAUUCACACCCAUUAAUAAAGAAGAGGGCAUUUAUGUUUGUACCUAAGAUAGCAGUUUUCAUUAUUAGCUUGCAUAUUUAACCCUCCUGUUAGUGACAUGAGAAAUGGGAAAAAUCUUGGCCAAUGACUAUAUCUUUUAUUUGCUUUUAUUUAUUUUUUAAAAGAUUGGCUUGUUUAAGUAAUCUCUGCAUCCAGCAAGGGACUUGAACUCAUUACCCCACAAUCAAGAGUCACGUGGUCUACCAACUAAACCAACCUGGUGCCCCUCUUUUAUUUUGUUUUUAAAAGAAUUAGAAAUUAAAUAUUUUCCCAAUAAUUCAAUAUCUGUCUCUCCCAUCCAGAUUAUAAGCUUCUCAGAAACUGAUUUUGUUCCAUAAUUUUGCUUCAUACUCAGCUGGCAGAUACUGAUUGUCGCCUGACGAAUGAUGUCGACAAACUAACGGAGGGUUGUAGGGGUGAGGCCGGUAUGUAUUAGGCAGGCACAAAAACAAACGUACCCACAAACAAGACCACGCAAGUAAACAAAGGAAACUUUUAACAAGUUAAUUGCUUCUGGGCCUUUUGGCUAAGAUCAAGUGUAACAAAUAACCACAAGGAAAAGUUGCUUUUCAUUUGUUCAUUUUGUCAGCUGCUUCUGUAUGUGCCCAACCCAACCAAGAAGGAACGAAUGCAAGAAAUUUAAGAAACUGUUACAUAACUAAAGCCAAUCAAAGAGGAAUCUAUCCUUUGAAAUAAAUAUUUUUCUGUAUUAUUUGAUUUUCAGCAGGGAACACCAUCAUGCAGAGGCUGAGGACAACUGCUUUGAGAAAACAUCUACCUUUGCAUUCCCACUGUAAACUAUAAUUCUGAUGAGGGAGGGUGGUCUUAUUCUACGUUGUUCUGGUGCAGGAACCAAAUGUAUCCCCCUUACCUUUGUUUCUGACAGAGACUCAGUGUAAGGGAGCAGAUGGAUAAUGGUGUGACCGAUCUGUGUAGAACUGAGAAUUCUGGAUACCUGUCAUGUGCUUGGUUCAUAGCAUAUAUCUCCCCCUGCAGACCUUGUCUUUUUUUGAUGUUUGGCCCUGCCCUGAAACAUACCUCUGUGUCCUCUCCUUCUGUCUUUAGUUUUUAUGGUGACCGUGCCUGCCAGAUUGAACUGUAUAGCUGCUGGCAGAGCUUCCGGGCAGGGCUAUGUCUCCUCAGAAGCUCUGCUCUGCUAUUUCUGCCAGGUCUGGUUUCUUCAGCUUAUUUUAGGUAUCUUUUACCUCAUCACACCUGACAGUAUCUGCUUGAGUCAUUUAAACACUUGUUACUUGUUCAGUGGCAGAGCUAAUCUAGGCGGUAGACUGGUACCAUUCCUGAUUAGAUUUUUUGAAAUUGCUUUCUUAUUUAAUACUAAAAUAUGGCU